AUGGUCCGGGAUGACUCCUCUGAAGAGGUGGCAUUUGAGAUGAGACCUGAACGUUUUGAAGAAACCAGUCAGCUCCAAGGGGAGAGCAUUCCAGACAUAGGGAAUAACAAGUACAAAGACCUUGGAAGUGGGCAAGGAGCGGAAAGAAAGGGAAGGAGGGGAGAGGGGCGGAGUGAGGCGCGGGGACUGCGGCGGCAGCGGGUUGCCCCAGGUCGCGGGCACCGCCCGGGCGGGAACUUGGGCGCAGUGGACUGGCUGUGCGGGGUGACCUUCGGACGAGGCCAACUCGGAGGGGCAGCCGCCCGCUCUCGGGGACGUACUCGCCCCACAGCUGCGAACGCGGUGCCCCGGAUUCCAGCCGAGCUCAUCUCGCAGCUCGUCCCAGGGCAGAACGCGGGACGUACAGUCUCGGCAGCCCGAAUCCGCAUCUGGGCCUCGGCCCGCCGCCGCCUGGACACACCCCCGCCACCGCCCGGGUGGCCCCAGUGCCUCCCCCGGCGGCCCGAACCGGCAUCUCUCUCUCACCUGAACGGCGAGCCAGUCCGCCGCCUCGAGGGCUCCGGAAGCCGCGGCUGCGUGGCUCCGCCAGGAGGGUACUCGGCCCUUGUGGCCUGGGAGGCCCCGCGCCGGGAGCGGUCGAAGGAGGAGUCUGACGGGUGGCGGCUGAGCUUGGGCGGCUGGAGGAGGAGGAGGAGGAGGAGGACUCCGACGCUUCGCUCAGGGGAGAUCCACCCUCCUCCUGGCGGCUCUGCAGCAGCCGCCGCAGAUCACUUCCGGGGCGCUGGGGAGGGGGGCGGGGCGGCUGGGGAGCGACUUCCUGUCCACCGGCUGAGAGAAGGGUGAUCCCGGCCCAGGCCGGAAAAACAAUGGCUCGGAGGGCUCCGGCUGCCGGGCCUCCGCCCCUUGCGUGCUGAGGGCUGUCUGUGCUCUCCGGCGGCCCCACCCCCGGCUCUUUGAGCUCCGCGAGAUUGAAUACCAACUACAUUCCUGGCAUGAGUCAUUCAAGGAAUGUCCAAUCUAGUGGGCAGACAGACAUAAAAGCAAAUAAUUGAGAUUGGAAGUAUGGUAUAUCAAGGUGUACAGAGUAAUGAAUGGAUGGCUUUACUAACUGUGGGUUAGAGUUUUCAAGAUAAAUGGGCAUUUUUCCACUACAAAAAUAGGAGUGGGAUGGCAAAUCCGGAUCUGAACAGAAAGGAAAUCCAGCACGGGGACAAAUCAUAUGUUGAGAAGAAGCAUCAGUAAUAAUUACAGGUCUUAAAGUUCAAACUUAGGUUGCUGAAAAAGAUGAGGCUGGAGAUGACAACAGGAGCCGAAUCAUGGAUCAUCUAUGCCCUGGUGAGGCGAUGAGUGGACAGACUACAGUUUAAGCUAUUCUGUUGUUAGAGAACAGAUAACUUGGUGGUGGGAGGAGGGGAAGGAGAAGGGCAAGCAGAGAGCGGACAAGGGGUCAUUGCAGAAGUCAAGAAGAGAAAACUUAAGGACCCUUGUGUGAGUGGCUGUGAACAUCCAAAGGAGAUGGAUUCCUAAAAUAUUCAAGAGACCAGAUCAACUAAUACUUGGUUGCUAGGGGCAGCUGCAGGAUAGGAGAAUGGAAGAGGCAAUGAUGAUGCCUUGUUCUGCUUUGAGGGAGGAGUAAGGUAAGGGUGUAUUUUACCAAGUAAGAUAAGGAAGUGUCAGGAUGAGUCCUGGGAGGGACAGUCAUUUUUGCAGGAAAAAAUGAGUUUAGUUUUGGAACUGAUGUGUGAGGUAACAGUGGUGCUGUCUAAUGGUGGUUGAUAUGUGGGUCUAGAGUUCUGGGGAAGAGCUGGGCUGAAGUUGGAAACACCACAGGUUCACGUUACCACAUCCAAGCUGACUGCAGCCUUAACGCCAUUGAGCACAGUUUCAAAACCACUUCUUUCUCCCUGCCUUUACUUGGGAAAAUUACUGAAGUGCUGCAUUAAAAACCCCAAUAGGAGUGAUACGUGCCCAUCCAUAGACCAAUAUUCUAAUAUUUAGUGGUCUUCUAAGGACCCUAAGGAUCAGGUUUAGCAGAAACUGGAUAUAACAGUGGUAACUUAAUAGUAUGGCAUCAUUAACUCAAAAAUGAAAUCUGUGUUUAUAUUUUAAAGUUUUUUUCUUUUUUAUUCUGUAGGAAUUGUUCCAUUCCAAUAAAAUAUUUUAAAUUUAAUCAUUGACAACAGUUAAGCUGGCCAUAGGCUAAGGAUUGAGGAUGGUGGGUUGCACAAAUGUCUGCCGAAUGGAGAACUAGAAAGAGGAUGACUUCAAGAGGAAGCCAUAGGAAUGCCAUGAAAGAAACCUCAAAUGCAUUAGUCAGCCUGUCAGGUUGCUUUUCGGUGGCUCACAGCUAUGCUAAGCUAGCACAGAUCAGUCAGAAAUAGAAUAGCUCAUUUUGAGCAGAGGCUUCAGAAAACCACAAAUAGUAAAAGCCCUAUAAAUAAUAACUACACCUGCAAACCAAAGACUAAUUAUUAGUUUUUGCUCUAUAUCCCUGUAGAACAGCAUUUUUGAACACACACAACAAUGAGAAAUUUGUUCACUUCUUAGAUUAUUUAAGUACAAUAUUUUCAAUUUGCCUAGGAUAAAGAAGCAUUUAGGUGUGUUGAACAUUGAUAUAAUGGAUAAUAUACUGAGCAAGAAAUGAGAAUAAUUAGCUUGAGUUCGUUUUUUGUUCGUUGUUUGCCGUAUGACCCUAGCAGUGUCACUUAACCUCUCUAUGCCCUAGUUUCUUUGACUGUAAAAUAGAGAUAAUAACGUCUGUGAGCCACAUCUCAGAGAUAUAGGAAUUGACAAAUUGAUGCUAUGAAAGCUCUUUGAGGUAUUGGAUGAAAGGGCAUAAUUGUAAGUACAUAUUAUUAAUAAUUAGCUCUAAUAUCCAGUAGCACCCAUGACCAUUCCUAACUUUGCUGCCUGGAUUACUGAAAGAACAUGAAGGAUCCUGUUUGGAAAUACACUUAGAUCUUUUUUCUUGACUUGUGAAUUUACUGUUUACUAUUUAUGAUCAAACCUUGUGUAUUAAAUAUAGUUAGUAAAAGAGGGAAGUAAAAGGUUUUGGUAACCACAACUUUAAUGUUCGUGCUACUCAUAGCUAAUACAUGCUUUGGGGGAAAAUACAGGGUAGGCAGGGAUUUGCCAGGAGCAUGUUUUAGAAUUAAUGAUUAGUCUACUCCAGUCAGUUAAGUGGAAUUUUUGUAUUGAAAACAUUACUCAUGUCCCCAUAGAAUAAUGCAGUUCCUAUAGAAUUUAUAUACAGUCAAAUGUUUGACACAAUUAUAGUGAACAUUCCUGUGAGACUGUCAUUCUCAUCAGUGUUUAAUCAGAAACACGUAAUGAAAUAUAUGCGAAGUUUUGUCCAAUGUCUAUCCCUAAAGUAGAUGGAAAUUUUUUCCAUUAAGUUGGUGACUUCAGUAUUUCUCUUUAGAAAGGUAUAUGCAUAAUGUAAACAUUUAAAUAUAUUGGCUAUGUAAUUUGCAUAUUUAUUUUUAUAUACUUAUAUACCAAUUUAUCAAAUUAUUAUAUAAUGUAUAUUAAUGAUACAUCUGGUAAUGACAAUGACAAAUGAGCCUUCUCUGUGUUGUAGGGCCAGAUAAAAAGGUAAUAAUUGGUUAAUAGCCAUUUGUCAUCACUGGUGAAAAAUCAACUCAAAGUCAUGUUUUAUUAUUUAUUAGAGUUAUGAGCAUUAUCUAUAAAAUGACACCUUGACUGGGUGUGGUGGCUCACACCUGUAAUCCUAGCACUUUGGGAGGCUGAGGCAUGAGGAUCACUUGAACCCAGGAGUUCAAGGCCAGCCUGGACAACACAGAGAGUCUUCAUCUCUACAAAAAAGUUCAAAACACACACACACACACACACACACACACACACACACACACACACAAAGCCUGGCAGGCAUAGUGGCACUCACCUGUGGUCCCAGUUACUCAGGAGGCUGAGGUGGGAGGGUCCCUUGAGCCCAGGAGGUUGAGGCUAUGGUGCCCCUGAUCAUUGCACUGCACUACAGCCUGGGCAACAGAAUGAAACCAUGUCUCAAAAAAGAAAAAAAAAAUCCAUGACGCCUUAACAUUUGUACUAUUUUAUUUUGUUUUCUCAAUUUUGUGAGAUACAAAUUUUUCAAAGAAAUAGAGUGCUGAAAGACUAGCCCUCUGAGACUAGAUUUUAAAGACUUAAAAACUCUACAGUUGUCAAGUAGCAUACCCAAACAAGUAGCGUACCUAAACUCAUAUCUUGAGAUUCUCAAAUACAUGUUUCUUUUAAUACUUUAUACCAGGGUCGCCGGCUUGAUAUGACAGUUACGCCAAAAUGUAUUUAUAAUAUGGGCAUUUCUGGCUGAUUAUUGAUUGCCUGCAGCAUCUCCAAAAUUCAGCCAAACUUGUUUUUAAAACUGAAAAGUACAAUUCUUAUGUUUAUGGCUAUGUCUUUACCAGCUUGAAGACAAGCACUUUGUUUUAUUAAUUUUCGUGUCCUUCAUAGUGUCCAUAAUAAGGACUCAGAAAAUAUUUUGGGGAUGAAUAAAAGGUAUAUUGUGAUGUUUGGUUGAAUUGGGGGAAAAAACUGAUACAGUCACCUCAGAAACUUUUUUAGGAGGCUGUACACAUUUUCAGUGCACUCAGAUAAAGAUAGUUUUUUGUUUGUUUAUUUUUGUUUUUGUGUUUUUUUUGAGACAGAGUCUCUUGUCCAGGCUGGAGUGCAAUGGCAUGAUCUCGGCUCACUGCAACUUCCACCUCCCGGAUUCAAGUGAUUCUCCUGCCUCAGCCUCCCGAGUAGCUGGGAUUAUAGGUGUGUGCCACCACACCCAGCUAAUUUUUGUAUUUUUAGUAGAGACGGGGUUUCACCAUCUUGGUCAGGCUGGUCUCGAACUCCUGACCUCAUCAUGUACCCGCCUUGGCCUCCCAAAGUGCUGGGAUUACAGGCGUGAGCCACUGUGCCCGGUUGUUUGUUUUGUUUUACACUUUAAAUUGGUGGAACCAUUGCCUCAAUUUCCCACUUCAUUUUUGAUGUCAUGCCUUGGAGAGAGAAGCUUAAAGUAGGUGCUGGAGAUGACAGUCACCUGUAUGAUAUGCUUCUGGAUAUGUUUGUUUGGGCUUAGAUAUUCCAGAUGACCCACAACAAAAGGGUCAUCUAGAGUAUCUAAACACAAUUUUAAUGAGAAUGUGUAGAGAGUGGGGUUAUGACAAUUUAGGUCUUCAUAAUUCCUCCCUUCAUGUCGACAACCCUUGUGGAAUACAUAUUUCUAUACUUUUUCUAUCAGGCGAUUCAAGGAUAAUACCAUUUGGUUCCCAAAUGUGACUGCUUAUCAGUAUCACUGGUAUAGUUUCAAAGGAAAUUGAGAUUCUCAACUUCUACUCUAAACAUAGAAAAUAUUUAGAUUUAGGAUUAGAAAAUAUUGGGGGAAGUCCAAGGCAUCUGUGACUGUAAUAACACUUCCUCGAAUUCCAAGGAUCAGUCAGGUUUGGGAAGUUCUGGUUUCAAUAACUUGUUCAAGGUCACACAGAACACUAAAUAGAGCCAGAAACUAACUUAAGUCUUUUGAGUCCAAGUUAAAUAUCUUUUCAUUGGACUUCUGCUGUCCUUUUACUGACAGUAUAUGAUAGGGUAGGAUGAAGAGGUGGGGAGAAAAGUAGCAAUUUUCUUUUUUUUAUGUUUUUUUUUUUUUUUUUGAGACGGAGUUUCGCUGUUGUUACCCAGACUGGAGUGCAAUGGCAUGAUCUCGGCUCACCGCAACCUCCGCCUUCUGGGUUCAAGCAAUUCUCCUGCCUCAGCCUCCCGAGUAGCUGGGAUUACAGGCGCGCACCACCAUGCCCAGCUAAUUUUUGUAUUUUUAGUAGAGACGGGGUUUCACCUCGCUGACCAGGAUGGUCUCGAUCUCUUGAUCUCGUGAUCCACCCGCCUCGGCCUCCCAAAGUGCUGGGAUUAUAGGCGAGAGCCACCGCGCCCGGCCCUCUUUUUUUUUUAUUUUUAUUUUUUCCCAUAUUACAUGGUUUUAAGAUUAAAUGAGCUAACAUCCAUGGAGUGCUUAGAACAGUAUCUGGCACAUAUUAAUUAAAUGUAACUGUUCAAUGAAUAAGUAUUGUCCAAUCACGGCAUUCACUUUGGGUUAAAUUAGAAUAUCAACUUUUUCUGUGAAGAAAAAAGAAUGUAUGUAGAUAAAGAUGGAAUCUUUAGCUUUUAUUUGUCAUGGAAGCCCUGAAUUUAUAUAGCUGAAAAUAUUUAUAUAUUGUUUCUUUUCAUCUUUUUUGAUAUAUUAAGAAAAUUUUAGUGAUAUACUUAUUAAAUAAAAUUGGAUGUAUAGCUGUGUAGUAUUUUUGUAUUCUCUAAUUUAGGUUUAAGAUAAGGAUUUUACAUUGUCUUCCUAUCACUGAACUAGCUCCAAAAUUGAUUCUUAUUGGCAUAUAAUUAAGUAUUCAGUUUUUAGAAGUCAUUGCUUGGAUUGAUCUUCCAGAUGAAAUAUUUACCUUAGCAAGGAAAUAGAUAUGCUUUGUUCUAUUUUAUUCCCUUAUUUCUCUGGAAGUUUUUUCAGUCUUUCAAUCCUGAACAAGUUUUUAUACUUGUUAUAAAUAAAAUUAUGCAUUUUCAUUACUAGUAAGUGAAGAACCCAAUUUAAUGCUUUAAAAUGUUCUUUGAUACACUUGGACAAAGUCUGAGAAAAUAUGCCUUGGUCAGUACUUGUCACUAUGAAAAUUGACAUCCAUUUUAGUUUUUGUUCAGUUUUAUAAGUUGUAUUAUUUUUGAGGGAUUACCCCAUGCUCAGCAUCAAUUUCAAGUGGCUCCUGUAUUCUUUUAAUGUGUGUGUGGGGGGGGGGGGUGUACACACACAAUUUCUUCAUUCAGAAUGCUGAUUUAAUUUUAAAAUAUGCUUCAUUAAAAUGAAUUAUUAUAUCAUGAAUUGAUGGAUUUAUCCUGGAAAAGGGUAGAAGUAGAGAUAGACCAGAACAGAAGAUAUUUAGAAUGUCAGGAGGGAUCUGGCAGGUAGAAUAGAUCAGACUAACAGAGAAGCCAAAAGAAGAAUCAGAUAUCAUCAGUGAUGAAGCAGCUACUGUCUGAAUCCAGAGUCAGCCAAGGAAAUGGGGUUCAAUUACCACUUGUGAAAUAUUUAUGGUAUUUCAGACAGUGUACAAGGCACUAACCAAAACAAGAUAUGGCUGGCUGGGUCCCAUGAAUCUAGGUAGUUUGAGUCUUGAGAGUCAGAGAAAAUAGUACUAAUAAGCAGGAUAUUUAUAUUACCCUGUAUUUCUAUACUUACUUUAUUAUAAGAAUUCAAUUAAUAAUAUGAGAUAGUGCAUGUUUUUACUUAUAAUCAAACUAACAAGUUUUGAAAUAUACUCAUUCCUUCCUCCAUUCUUUUUACAAUAGAGGCCAUCAUUCAAUAUGUAUUCUAGGUCUUGGCUACUCCUGUCUAUUAGGGACUUUGGUUCAUCAAUUAUUCUCUUUCUGUUGUGUCUUCAGCCUCUCUUUACUGGUUUCUUGCCAUUAGCAUUCUCGUUUGUUUAAAAUGUCUUCAUGCAUAUCCUCCUCCUAGCUUCUGCUCAAAUUCUCCUUUCUCCUGAAGAGAAUUUUUGAGAGAAUUAUCUAUGCUAGCUUAUCACCAAUUCCUCACCUCCAAGUUACCUUCAACCAUAUAUAAUUAGACUUUUACCCCCAAUACUGCUGUGAAACUACUCUUAAUAAACUUGCCAACAUCAUUCCUACUUUGAGAGAUAUCUUAGUUGUUACUGUUUCAACAGCAUUUGAAGCUGUUGACCAUUCUUUCCUUUCUGAAACAAUCUUUUUUCUUGGCUUCUGUGAUACCAUCCAUUAACUAUUUCAUUGUCCUUUGUAUGCUUCUGUCUUUGCUUAAAUAUUGUCACUCCAAGGAAUUCUAAGGCUCUUAUCACUGUAGUCUAGUCUCCACAUUCUUUGGAUGAUCUCAUCUAUACCCACGGUUUUAUAGGCCCGUGGCUUUGCUUUCUAUAUUUUAGUGACUUCUAGCUAUAAGCUCACUCCUAAGCUUGAAAUCUAUGUAUUUAAUUCCCUAUCUCAUAUCUUGCGUGUUUUGUACUCAAGCCAGGCAUGUCCAAACGGAACUGAUGGUAGCCAGAUGACCAAAGCCAGAAAUCUAAAUGUUUGCUUCGAAUUUUCUCUCUGCUUCUUACACAUCCACUCAUUCACCAGGCUGUGCUAAAUCUGCUGCCUCAUUAUUUCUCAGAAUCACUCAUUUAAAAUCUGUUUCCACUGCUGCUUUCCUAAUCCUAGCCAUUAUUACCGCCUUGCUAUUGUUGCAGUGUAGAUUCAAUGGAUUCAGACUUUUUCUGCUCUGAACUCAGUCUUCAUGGUGCAACAAUCAUGAUCUGGGAGGCAAAUGUGAUAACUCCUCUGCUUAAACUACUUUAAUAUUUCCCUUAAUCUCCGGAUAGUCUGGAAUGGCAUGUCUUUCUUACUAGGAGGGCAAGAACUCUGUUUUAUGUGCUGUUAUUAUGCCUAUAUUGGCUCAAUUUGAUUCUUUUAAGAUGAAUCAUGGGAAAGUAUUAUGAAGGAAAGUGCCUUCUGUGUUAAUCAAGAGAUAGGUUAUACUGCAGUAGCAGAAAACCUCAAAAUCCUAGUGGCAUAACAUCACAAAAGCUUAUUGCUUGCUCAUGCUACAUGUACUCUCCUCACUGUUACCUAAGAACCUACCCGUUAGAAGGUUCUUUCCUUCUCACUGUUACCUAGGAAGCACCAAGUGACGUGUGCUUUCACAGUCACUGCAGGUAACUGCCAGGUACAGAUCUUGCACUGGUUGUUAAAGUGACAUACUUGCACUCAUAAUUCAUUGACAAAGCAAGUCACAUGUCAUACCUAUGCAAAGCAGAUAAUCAAACCAUAUGUCCGGAAGGAGAGGGAAACAUACCAUUUCUAUAUAGCCCAAUGAUAUCAUGCCCUCUAUCCUAGUUGAGACUCUUUUGGUGGCAGGUGACAUAAAACCAGCUCAAUCUAGCUAAGGAAUGAUGAGAAAAAUAUCCCUUCAAAUUUGAAAAGGGAAUGAAAGACCAAUGUGGUGGCUCAUGCCUGUAAUCCCAGCACUUUGGGAGGCUGAAGUGGGAGGACUGCUUGAGGCCAGGAGUUUAAGACCAGCCCAGGCAACAUAUCAUAGUUUUGUUUUUGUUUUUUGUUUUUGGGAUGGAGUCUCCCUCUGUUUCCCAGGCUGGAUUGAGGCUCACUGCAAUCUCUGCCUCCCGGGUUCAAGUGAUUCUCCUGCCUCGGCCUCCUGAGUUGCUGGGACCACAGGCACACACCACCAUGGCCAGGUAAUUUUUAUAUUUUUAGUGGAGAUGGGGUGUCAUCAUGUUCGCCAGGCUGGUCUCAAACUCCUAACCUCAAGUGAUCUGUUCACCUUGGCCUCCUAAAGUGAUGGGAUUACAGGUGUGAGCCACAGUGCUCGGCCUCGUUUAUUAAAAAAAAAAAAAUUAGGGCCAGGCAUGAGGGCCUGCAGCUGUACUCCCAGCUAUUCAGGAGGCUGAGGCAUGAGGGACUGCUUGAGCUCAGGAGUUCAAGGUUACAGUGAGCUAUGGUUGCACCACUGCACUCGAGCCUGGGCAACAGAGCAAGACACUGUUAAACAAAAGAGGGUGAGGAGGGGAAUCAUAAGACAACAGAUCAUAAAAUUGAAAAAAGUUAAGUGAAAAUGCAGGAGUAUACUUGGGCCUCAGUGGUAACUGGAACCAGGACUCUUUCUCCAAAUCUUGUCUCUGUUUCUGUAGGUUUACUUCACUUCCCUCCAUUUCAGAAUGAAUGACUGUUCACAUGGCCACUGAUAUCUCCCAGUCCUCAUACCGCAUGGCUGCCACCACACCAGAGAGGGCUGUCUUUUGGUUUUGUUUUUCCAGUUUCCUUAGUAAAUCUUGGGUUGAAGCUCUGAAUGGUUUGGUGGGAGUCAUGUGUCCGCUAUUAGACUAGCCAUCUAGGAGCCAGGAGAUAAAGUCAUAGAGCACAACCAUGAUGCCUGUACUCACCCCUCAAAGUGCCCGUGAUGGUUAAUUUUAUGCAUCAGCUUGGCUGGGCUGUGGUAACUAGCUAUUUAAUCCAACUCUAAAUGUGGACGUAGAGGAAUUUUGUAUAUGUGGUUAACACCUGCAAUCAGUUGACUUUAAGUAAAGGUGAAUACCCACAAUAGUGUAGGUGACCUCAUCCAAUCAGUUGAAGGCUUCGCAAGCAAAGACUGAGGUUUCCUGGUGAAGAAGAAAGUCUGCCUCGAGAUUGCAACUCCUGCAGCACUUCCGGCCUGCCCUGUGGAUCUAUGGAUUUUGGACUUGCUGGUCUCCACAAUUGUGUGAAUCAAUUCAUUAAAUCUAGACAGCUAUAGAUAUAUCUACAUAUCUCUGUCUGGAAAGCUCUGACUGCUUCAGGGACAAUUCCAGGAUAUGAUGGAAUCACUGUAAUUUGAGCCAGGUGGCUACCCCAACAGAGUAUCAGUGACGGGAACAGGGAUGACACACAGAGGAAAGGGAAAGAAAAAAAGGGAAGCGAGAAUAGGAAAAAGUACAUGUGGUAAAUAAUAUUAGAAUAUGGCUAUGCAUGACUCAAAAGGGACUGGCUUUAAGUUACCUAACUUCGUCCUGAUGCAUCAUGAGGAUUCACAAAACCAUAAUAAAUAUAUUGAAAUUGUCA